UUGUUGACUGCGCGGCAUUAUUGGCAUUGAAUUUACGGUCUCUCUUAUUUAAUCAGCCGGUAAAGCAAAAUAAGUUUUAUUUCAUGGAACCCGCUGCAAAGAAAUCGAAAAUGGGCAAAAACCACAAGUUCAAUAACAAUAAGAAGAAGUAUUUCCACGCCAAGAAGCAGGUGCUCCAAGCUGGCCAACGUGGAUUCUUUGCCACGUGCAACAUCAACGAGAAGGCAUGUGUUCGCGAAUGCUACAAUUUGUUAAACCACUAUGCGGAUAUACUUUACGGUUCUGAAAAGCCAGAGAAUGAGCCGGAAAAGAAGCAGCCAGAGGAUGAUGGGAAGCCGGCGGCUGGAGGUGUCAGUGAUGACGACGACGACGACUUGGAAGUAGCUGCCGCCAAAUGCCGUGAGAAUUUCUCACAGCGCAAGGUACGAUUCCAGAAUGUUGACACCAACACCACCAACUGCGUGUUCAUCCGCACCCAACUAGAGGAUCCGGUGGCGCUAGGUAAACACAUCAUCAACGACAUAGCGACCACCGGCAAGUCAAUGUCACGAUUUCUCCUCCGCCUGGUGCCCAUCGAAGCCGUCUGCCGCGCCAAUAUGCCGGACAUCAUCUCUGCCGCCGGCGUGCUCUUCGAUAAGCACUUCCUCAAGGAACCCACCAGCUAUGGCAUCAUUUUCAAUCAUCGCUACAAUCAGCAGAUCAAGCGGGACCAAAUCAUCACCCAACUGGCCGAGCUGGUCAACUCCAAGAACGUGGCUAACAAGGUGGACCUGAAGGAGGCCAAGAAAUCCAUCAUCGUGGAAGUCUUGAGGGGCUGGUGCCUGCUUAGCGUGAUCGACAACUAUCUGGAGUGCAAAAAGUUCAAUCUGGCCGAGUUGGCCAAUCCCAGUGAUAAGAAAUCUGCCGGCGAAGGGGAUUCCAAAUCGGAGUCUUCAGAGGUCUCCAGGAACAACAACGAGGAGCCACCUGAGUCUUCAGAAGAGUCCAAGUCUAAUGAAGAUUAGUCAAGUGGGAACGAGGAUACCAAAAAAAAGUGCUCAUAGGACUCUACUGAGAAUGACAAAAGGUAUCACCAACUUGCCCAAUAAAUGGUAUGAAGUUAAAGAUGGACCAUCUGCUGUGCAGACGAAUAUAAAUAAAACAACCAGCUAUUA